AUUAGUCAGGGAAGAGGCAGGCUUGUUAGGAGAUAGCACAGGCAUGGAGCAUCACAUGCACACAUUGACACCCUUCCAGCGCUCACACAUGCACAGUCAAUCAGGCAGCUCUCAGCUGCGUUAUACAUCUUUGAGGAUUACCCUCUAUCCCUCCAGUAUUCCGCUGGAACGAUUGCAGCCCCUUAGAGAGAGUAGCGGGGCUUUCAAAGCCUACAUUUGAGCCGAGCGAUUAUGAGCAGGAUUUCUAUUGUUACCUAUCUAGUGUUGUUGUCUCCUCUAACUCAAUUAUCUGCCAUGUCUUUUGGUUCGGAAGUGCAGGCAUGCGUUCUGUUUUUUACUGUAUCACCAUCAGUCCUAUUUUAUGAGGCUUGGCAAUUGUUAUUAUUGUUUUUCAGUUUUAAAUAAUUUUGCAUGGUUCCUGUUCUUCUGACCAGUGUGUGCAAAAUACAGUAUUUCAGCAUGCUUUCAUCUCUGUCCUUGAGAAAUACAUCUUCACAUGCACAUGCUGUAUUAUAUGAUCUUAAUGCUGGUGUGUGUAGCCUACUGAGCAUGUAUGAUUGAUGCAUCAAUAUUCUGUUCGGAUUGGACAGCAUGCCUUCUCUAUUUCCUCCCUCUUCUUAGCCAGGGUGCUGCUGGAGCUGCUCUUGCUGCAUGCAUACUCAUGUUUCUGGCCUCUAAUUGCCUUUGUGGAAAAUACAGUGGUUGCAGCAGAUAUUCGAAAGGGAGCGAUGAAAUGGUUGAAAAUAACUCAGCAUGCAGCAAGCACCCUUGUCGAACACCACACACCUAAGAUCAUGUUUCUAUCUCAAAUUUAUGUAUGAACCAGGAAAACAUGGGUUAAUAUUUAUUGCAUUAUUAGCAUUUUUAGACUCUGUGCUUUGGUAUAACAUGGCUUCUUCAAAUGUAUUCACAUUCAUUGUGCAUUUAAAAAAAAAUCUGUCUCCCCUUGAUAAUCAUCUGACAUCAAAGACUCCAGAUAAAAUAAUAAGUCCUAAAUUUGCAGAGACAGCACAGCAGUUGGGUCGCUCCAAUCCAUGCCAAUUCAGAUGCUAUUGUAAUAAAUAAAUAAAGUCUCUUUCAUUUGAAUACAAAACCAUACUCUGUAAUUCUGAAUGCUUAAACUCCAGCUAGUACUGCUAAUUAGCUGGAGUUAACUAGCUUAAUUUGAGGGUUUUAGACUUAGACUCUAAAAGCUUAGUGUCUGAAGUGCUUCAGAUUUCUGUCUUUGUGGCAAGUGGAUGUUUGAAAACAUAUACUGGGUGUAGCAGUUUCUGAGCAUCCCAAUUGUCACAUAAACGUCAGAGGAAGAGUUCAAAUUAAUGAGAAUGGAAGAGUUUUGAAUGGAAAUCGGUCACAGUUCUUCUUUCCUCCCAUUCCCCAGUUGUUGUUGUCCUUGUAAUGCUGAGCCUGAGGCACGAGAGAACGGUUCCCUGGAGGAGAUGGAAGAGGACAUCAGUCUGAAGAAGCGUAAAAGCGAUCAUCAUGGGGAGAAAGACCUGCAGUCUGGGCAGGAAACUGGCGAAAAGGUCAAAAGGAAGCGAGGACGCCCACCAGCUGAGAAACUGCCCCCAAAUCCACCUGAACUCACCAGAACACUGAGCACACUGGUAGAUAUGGUUAUCAACUACAAGGACGGGUUGGGUCGACAGAUCAGUAAAGGCUUUGUGCAGCUUCCCUCUAAGAAGGAGGUACCUGAAUACUACGAGCUGAUCCGAAAGCCUGUCGACUUCAGAAGGAUCAGGGAACGUGUGCGUAAUCACAAGUACAGAAGUGUGGGGGAUUUGGAAAAGGAUAUUUUCCUCCUGUGUCACAAUGCUCAGACUUAUAACCUGGAGGGAUCUCAGAUCUAUGAAGACUCAAUUGUCAUUAAGUCUGUUUUCGAGAGCGCGAGACAGAGAAUUGUCACAGACGAGGAACAGAAAGAGACAGUUAGCGCCAGUCACAGCGAUAAUGGCGGUGGAGCUGAAGACCAAUUUGUUCCAUCAGCAGUGAAGCCAUUACCAGUCCAGCUAAAGAAGGGGAACAAGGAGGAGAGAAGCAGAAAUACCAUGGCCAAGAGGCUCCACAGUGAUUUAGACAGUGAUGAGGAUCUAGAGGAUAACACCACAAAAGAUGAAGGUUGAACUGAAGGACCCUCAGUUUUUUUGUAUUCUGGUUCAUGUCAAUUCUCUGCCACAUCCCUUUUCAUUAGUUUCUUCAUUUUCUAAGCAAAAGAAAGGUCUUUGAAAAUUGAAUGGGAAAGACCAUUCAAUGAGAGGCACUUAUGGAACAAUGCUUCAAUAUACGUCUUGCUGUACAUGCUGUUCUUUUAGUUUAGCUGGUCUUUUACAAUCUUUUACGUUUUAUCUGCCUUAGUCCCUGUGAUUGCUUCUGCAAAUAUUAUGUAAAACACCAGUUUCACUGACUGUUUUUAAUCCAUAUAUUUGAUUGUAUAAAAUGCCUUCAUAUGUUUUGGAGCAUGAUAUGUGUAUCUGUCCUGAAGCUGGCUCCUCCAGAGCAGCACUUGCUGAUGACAAUGUUGAUGUGUUCAGGGCUAGAAAAUUGAAGCACACAGGAAGGUAUUUUUAAAGAAAAAAAGAACAAAUGAACACUGUAAGUUUGUUUAAAAUCUCUGAAUGUGAUUUUAGAGAUGAUUCAACUUUGAUAAAAACCACAGUGGAAGUAUAAGGGUCAAAGAGACUUUAUAAAAACUAGUACUGAUAGUAGUACUUUUGUCUGUUUCUGAUACUUGAUGGAAUAAGUUUGGGUCUAAUCAAGGGUACUCAAGUUGAACAUUUGUAUCCCUUGUGCUACAGCAUAUUCACAUAUUGUACAGUUUGUGUGAAAAGUAAGUAAAAAAAUUUCUUUUCAUUUACUCUCCUGGCUGUUGGGGAGGAUGGAAGACAUCAUUGUUAAGACAAUCCCUGGAAACAUGUAUCACUUAAACACUUGUGAAAUAAAUUUUACCAAAAAGUC